GAGCAUGGUUCAGGGUAAGGGGCGGGCCAUGGCUGAAAGGAUAAAAAAAGAUGGAGUCCUCCAAUUAGACAUUCUGAGAAAGGGAAGAGACAGCUAGGGCUGUGUCCUUUCAUAUCCUCACCAAAGCCUCAAUUUGAAUAAUGCGCUGUCUUAGUUUUUACCCCCAAGAUGAAACUAUACACUUAGCAGCUCUCGGGAACGUGGUGCAAAUGUGUGUCCACCCUUCCUCCCUAACCCCCUUCUCAUCCUAUCCCCGCCUCCCUCCCUUAUCCAAAUUUUCCAGCCACGGCUGGAGUUGACUUCCGCAGUUCUGAUGGAAUAAAUCUAGCACCCUUGGUCUCCUGCUCACAGUAGCUACACUUCCUGUCUGAAAGGAGCCUAGACAUCAGAUUCUCAACAGCAGGAUGUGGGUGUUCAAGUUUCUGCUGCUACCUGUGUUGAGCUUUGCUCUCUACCCCGAGGAAAUGCUGGAUACCCAGUGGGAGCUAUGGAAGAAGACCCACAGAAAGCAGUAUAACAGCAAGGUGGAUGAAGUCUCACGGCGUUUAAUUUGGGAAAAAAACUUGAAGCAUAUUUCCAUCCAUAAUCUUGAGGCCUCUCUCGGUGUCCAUACAUAUGAACUGGCCAUGAAUCACUUGGGAGACAUGACCAGUGAGGAAGUGGUUCAGAAGAUGACUGGACUCAAGUUACCACCCUCUCACUCCCGAAGUAAUGACACUCUCUACAUCCCAGAGUGGGAAGGCAGAGCCCCAGACUCCAUCGACUAUCGAAAGAAAGGCUAUGUUACUCCAGUCAAAAAUCAGGGUGAGUGUGGUUCCUGUUGGGCCUUUAGCUCCGCGGGUGCCCUGGAGGGCCAGCUCAAGAAGAAGACUGGCAAACUCCUGACUCUGAGUCCUCAGAAUCUGGUGGAUUGUGUGUCUGAGAAUUAUGGCUGUGGAGGCGGCUAUAUGACCACUGCCUUCCGAUACGUGCAGAUGAAUGGGGGCAUUGACUCCGAGGAUGCUUAUCCCUAUGUGGGCCAGGAUCAAAGUUGUAUGUACAACCCCACGGCAAAGGCAGCUAAAUGCAGAGGGUACAGAGAGAUCCCUGUGGGGGACGAGAAAGCCCUGAAGAGAGCGGUGGCCCGGGUGGGCCCUAUUUCAGUGUCAAUCGACGCGAGCUUGCCAUCUUUCCAGUUUUACAGCAGAGGUGUGUACUAUGAUGAAAAUUGUGACGGUGAUAAUGUGAACCACGCGGUGUUGGUGGUGGGCUAUGGCGUCCAGAAGGGAAGCAAGCAUUGGAUAAUUAAAAACAGCUGGGGAGAAAGCUGGGGAAACAAAGGAUAUGUUCUCUUGGCUCGGAAUAAAAACAACGCCUGUGGCAUCACCAGCCUGGCCAGCUUCCCCAAGAUGUGAUGCCAGCCAGCCGCCCAUUCUGCUCUCCCAGUCCUUCUUCAAUGGUGCCCUACGACGGUGUACUUUGGAAGGGAGUUGCCAAAGUACUCCUGAAGUGGACGUGUUGACACGAAGAUUGUUUAGUUUCUCCUUAUUGCUGCUCCCGGUGACACCUCUAACUUUCCUUCUCUCCGCCCCAGGCCCUUUUCUUUGUGGACACAAAAGGAAGUUCUCUGAGACUUGUAGACUCCUAGGCUAAGAUAUCUGGUCACAGACUCACCUGAUGUUGCUGUUUGGGGACUGGUACUGUGCACAUAAACACUGGAGGUCUCCAGCAGGCUGGAGUGACCUUCCCAAGUCCCUGUCUUCCAUAUUCUCCAGUGCAGAUUUCUGUUUUCCACCGAGAUUCACAACCUAUUCAUAACUCUUUGACAAAUUUGUACUCUAUAAGAAAUGCAUGUUCUUUUCCUUCUUUGCAUUUUAAAUAAAAUAUCUCAUUUACGAUUUCAUAAA